UAAUGGGGAAGGCUGUCAGUGUGUGCUUGUGCUUGCUAGGACUGACUUCCAGACAGGUAGCUAGUUCAGCUGUGGCUUCAAACACUCCCUCCUCCCCUUUCGCUAUCUUAUGGCCCUAAACAUUCUACACACAGGAAUGAUCGGCAUCCCUCUGUUAACAUCGCUGGCAUGCUACUUUAUUUAUGAAAGUCAGGGCGAGAUACAGGAAGAGCACUUAUGAGUGGGAGAGAGGCGGAGGGAGGCUUGGCUGGCUUAAGUUACAACGCUCUGCUGAAUUGUGUGGGCUGAGAGAGAUUUUUUCCCCUCACACUUUCUUCUUUGGGGACUGUAUGAUCAUUAGAGAAAGAACCUAAAAAGGCAGAGUGAGCAUGGGACAGACGGUGGAUUCGGAGUCAGCCACUGAAGAUCCAGAUUCCAGCUACGAUGAUGAGCUCGACCACCAUCAGCCAUCGCCAGAGCCCGUGGGGAGUGAAGGGGACGGGGCGGGGGACAGCACCCCGCCCACCAAGCGCAAGGGCAAGUUCUCCAGCUUCGGAAAGAUAUUUAAACCUUGGAAGUGGAGGAAAAAGAAAAGCAGCGACAAGUUUAAGGAAACUUCAGAAGUUCUGGAAAGAAAGAUCUCGAUGAGGAAGCCCAGAGAGGAGCUGAUCAAACAGGGCGUGCUGAAGGAGCUCCCAGAGAGUGAGAGGGAGGACCACAACUCCAACCCCCCCACUCUAAAAAAUGGCCACACAGUGCCUGUUGGAGGGUCCAGGAGCUCAGUGUUGGAGGCAGAGAAGAGGGCGACCCUUACAAAGCCUCCCCACGAGGACAGCAGGAAGAGUCACACCUCCUCCGAGGCAGAGAAGAGGGCAACCCUUACCAAGCCUCCCCAUGAGGACAGCAGGAAGAGUCACGCCUCCUCCGAGGCAGAGAAGCGCACCACCCUCACCAAACCGCCCUCCUCCUCAGAAGGGAGGCGCAGCAAACCCCCCUCCGAGGUAGAGAAGCACUCCAGUUUCCAGAAGCCUCUGCCUGUAGAGGAAGGGAGGAGGAGCCGGCAAGCCUCAGAGGGGGAGAAGGGGACCAGUCUGCAGAAGUUUCCCUCUGUGGAGGAAGGCAGGAGGAGCCGGCAAGCCUCAGAGGGGGAGAAGGGGACCAGUCUGCAGAAGUUUCCCUCUGCGGAGGAAGGCAGGAGGAGCCGGCAAGCCUCAGAGGGGGAGAAGGGGACCAAUCUGCAGAAGUUUCCCUCUGUGGAGGAAGGCAGGAGGAGCCGGCCAGCCUCAGAGGUGGAGAAGGGGACCAGUCUGCAGAAGUUUCCCUCUGCAGAGGAAGGCAGGAGGAGUCGGUUACCCUCCGACGGGGACAAGAGGUCGAGCCUUGCCAAGCCUCCUCAGGCUGAGGAAGGGAGGAGUCGAGACCCGAACGUGAGCCGUCCUGCCUCGGAGGUGGAGUCGAAGCGAGACACGCUGCGAGAUCCACCGCCCACCAAGCAGCAGCUGCUCCCUCCCAAGUGGCUGGUGGUUUCAUCCUCCUCCUCGCACCAUGAGGCUGGGGGGGAAGGGCAGGUGAAGGAGCUUGGAGCUGCCAGGAAUGGCAUCCCAUCCAACCUUGGCACCAGCAGCAAAGCCACACGGACUGCUUCCUCUGCUAACACUAACCCUGCAGCUGCCCCCAGCUCUUCUACACCUGCCAAGCAGCCCCCUGUCCCCCCGCCCAAGCCUGCUAACCGGAACAGCAACCCAGCACUGCUAGAAAAAAACAAGACAGCCUUUAGUUACUCAGCGACUGUUUGGAACAGUCCUCCAGGGGGCAUUAGAACGUCCCCCAAGCAUAGGGUGUUUCAAGCUUCCACAUUGCACAAGGGCAAUAAAUAUUCCUCCCCCCUGUACUGCUCGUGCUGGAAACGAGAGGGUGAAUACGAUGUCUACCUGUCCCUGCCUCUGUGUCUCUACAGACAUGCCAGACGGCCCAAUACAGCUGAGCUGUCGCAGGCAGUGGGAGGCGGGACUCUAGUGCCAGCAAAGCCCUCGCCUCCGCUGCCCCCGAAGAGGACUACCCCCAUCGCCAAGCCCAGUGCCCAGGAGCCCCCGAGCACAGCUCCCCCUGCCAUACAGCCUACAGAGGAGACCAGUGUCCCUGACCCAGCACUACCUACCCACAUCCCCCCCUCCCCGCCUCGACCUCACCCGAGCAAGCCGAACCCCCCUGACACUGCUCCGCGGCAGGCACAGGUCCCGCUUCACAUCAUGAUCCAGCGUGCCCUGACCAGCCCCGGCCCUGCCACCCCUAACCCUGAGGGCUCCCAGCGUGCCCACUCCCUGCUCUUCGACACCAGCCUGGAGAGCCAGAGCGAGCAGGGGGGCCGGGCCAAGUCUCUGCCCGUCACCAUCGAGCUGCUCAAAGUUCCUGACGAUGAGGAGGAGGAGGAGGAGGAGGAGCUGCCUCCGGAGCUGCAGGCUGGGAGCCGGCGUGUGUACCUGGGAGAUCGUCUCUCAGUCAGUGUGAUCCCUGAGGUGGGGGGGGCGGGCAGCAGUGAGGAGGAGGAGGAGGAGGAGGAGGAGGAGGAGCAGAGUGACUCGGACUGCGACGGGCCCGUGCUCUACAAAGAGGAGGAGGACGACGACGACGACGACGAGGAGGACGAGAGCUGCAACAGUUCCCUGGCAAACAAGGUGAAGCGUAAAGACACAAUGGCUCUGAAGCUGAACCAACGGCACCAGCAGGAGCUGAAUCCGGGGGACAGGGACAGCAUUCCAGAGCACAGCAGGGAGCAGUGGGAGGCCUUCCGCAUACAGAUCGGGACAGCACUUACAAGACGGCUGAGUCAGAGGCCGUCUGCUGAAGAACUGGAGCAGCGUAACAUCCUGCAGCCAAGAAAUGAAGCUGAUCGACAGGCAGAAAGACGAGAAAUCAAGCGGAGGCUCACAAGAAAGCUGAGUCAGAGGCCCACAGUAGCAGAGCUGCUGGAGAGGAAGAUCUUGCGUUUUCACGAGUACGUGGAGUGCACAAAUGCACACGACUAUGACCGCAGGGCUGACAAGCCGUGGACGAAGCUCACUCCAGCUGAUAAAGCUGCAAUCCGAAAGGAGCUCAAUGAAUUCAAAAGCUCAGAAAUGGAAGUUCAUGAGAAAAGUAGGAUAUAUACAAGGUUUCAUCGGCCUUAGCAUCCCCGAUAUUGGGAAUCCAGCACUUACUGUUCAAGUCCUGCAAGGGAUCGCAGAGACUUUGUGCUCCCUAGGGGACUGCUGCUCUGAAUGUACUUCAUCAGGAAUCCUGGAACGAUGAUGAUAAUAUUAAUAAUAAAUAAUAAUAAUAAUAGUAAUAGUAAUAAUAAGAAGAAGAAGAGUAAUAGAAAGAAGAUGCAGUAUUUCACCCAGGAACUGGGGGACUGUGUGCCAAGGCAGUGGAAGGAGAGGGAAGGUUUGAAUUCAAGACUUCUCUCUGCUCAGUGAUCCUGCAUUCCUCCUGAAGAAAAUGGCCUCAACGCUCUGCCUUCUUCCUCAGAAAUGAUGCCUAUUUGCCUCUACUAUGUACAGAACAUUAGAUUUUUUUAUUGUAUUGUUUUAUCUUUUUUUUCCAUUUGGAAUGAUCAGGGGAAAAAAAUCUAACAAAAUGGACCUUAAUGUCUCAUAACAGUGCACUGGGAACGCUUGUAUAUAAACUGCUGUAGUGUUUCAUAGCAGGAUAACCUAUGGAAAAUAGUAAUAAUAAUGUUGCAAAUAUUCCUAUUGCACAAACAUUAGUUUUAGUAAGACCCAUCUCUAAUUUGGGGGUUGGUUUUUUUCCGUCACUACUGGCCAACAGUUGAGAAUUUUAGGUGGAUUAAUAAAGGCUUCCGCCACAGCACAAAGCUUCUACAGAGCAACUGGUUGUCUUUCUUUAUGCUGUACAGCUGGAUUCUUCAAUGCUGUACAGCUGGAUUCUUCUUCCAGUCUUAAUUGUAGUCCUCAACUAUCAGCUCAGAGGGGAAACUAACUAAUCACAUGAUUAGUGAGAUAACAGCUUUUUAAAUGAUCCCACACAACUACACCCCAAGAAACUCACCCCUGUAUCAUUGGAAGAAAACAGCUCCUUAAAUACACAUAAACAAACUAUUUAGUAGACUGACAUUCAGGGUACAGACACACAACACCUAUAACCCACCGAGAUUGACAGGGAGAACCAUUUCGGCAGGAACUUUUGUUCGUUUUGUUUCCUUUAGUUUCUGUUUGGCCAGUAGGAAGUCGAUUCCUCCACCUUUGCUGUAUAGAAUUGUGUUUCUGCACAUGGAAUUGAUCGCGCUGUAUAUCUUGUCUUCCUAUCUUACACAAAAAAUGAAAACAAUUUUAAAUAUAUUUAAAAAAAGUAUUAUAGGGAUUUUUUAAGCACAAACUAUUUGAAAAUGAAUUAGACACUACUACUACAACUGGUAGCAAAUGUGUGCCUGCUCUGUAUUUUAUCUCAUGGAUGUAUCUUUUUUUUUAAGAAAUAUGCUACAGAAUUUUAGCAACACCUCUUGGAAAUGUAAAAGCUAUUGCAGAAUUUAAUUAAAAGCUUAUUAAAAUACAA